AAUGGAGGGGUUGUUGGGUCGAAAAACCAUCCUCACCUUCACCACCAUCCACCAGCUUCUACUCUACUCAGUGCUCUUUUGUCUCUUCGCUCUACUAUACGGGUACAGCACCAGCCUCUGACAUACGGUAUAUACUUGCCAACUUACCCCUCCACCCAGCUGCAAUUGCAGUUGUAAUCAAGGAGCUCGCCCCCGAGGAUGAAGCGUCAUGUAAGUGAUAAUCCUAGAACUCUGAAUAUAUGGCUUUCCGUGAUCGAGCUGACACUGGCGGGAUAUUUAGUGAUGCAAAAAUGAUAUAAGUGAUAAUUCCAGUCACUAGCAUUAUCUUAAUGGGCCACGAACUGGCAACAACCCCAACCUCCGCCAUUUCAAUCUGAUGAACACGCUGUGCAAACCAUCACCAGACUCUUAUCUCACCCCCGAGCUGCUACAUACGGAGCUAAGAGUGAUGCAAUAUGUAGCCAUGCACAUGUUGCCCUUCUUGUGGCAGGGUAAGCUAUCAUCCUGAAGCUUGUUGGAAAUUAUGCUAACGAAGAUGGAAUAACAGACCGGAGGGUGCGGGUGUGUAAGUAACGGUCUUGGCUCCGAAAACAUGGCCAACUGGGUAGAUCUGAUUAGGAAUAACCCAUUACUCCUAUCUUUACCGUUGGUUAGUUGAGAGAGUGACGAACAAGAGUUUUCCCCGCUCCUGGGUGGUGCAAUCCUUUCGUGUGAGAUCUUGGCGUUUGGUGGUUUCGCUGGUUCGCUGCUUGCCGUUUCUAUGUUCCGGUGUUUGGUUUGCUAUCACCGUGACUUCGUCAAUCCACCUUGAAAACCGAGAAGCACCCUGAUUCAACAUUCAGCGCACAUGAGCCCCGCAGCACCGUCCUGGACGUUUUCCAACUCACUUCAACACUACAUCAUUCAACACUCCAUCCACCAAACCCAUUCCACCAACAGCUCAACCGCCAAACCCUCUGCCAACAGGUCCUACUAUUCAGAGUCAUGGAGGGACAAGCUUCUUCGCCAGUGGUGCCCACAUUCAUGGUGUCUGCACCAGGAAAAGUCAUUGUUUUUGGUGAACAUGCUGCCGUGUAUGGCAAGCCAGCCAUUGCUGCAGCCAUCUCUCUCAGAUCCUAUCUCCUUGUCACCACCCUCUCCAAGGCCCAACGCACCGCCAGGUUGGAUUUCAGAGACAUUGGCUUAAAUUACACGUGGGAAAUCGACGGUCUGCCAUGGGAUAUUUUCCGCCAACGUUCCAAGAAAAGGUUCUCUGGGUCCCUCGUCAACUCCCUCGACCCUGAACUACUCAACGCCAUUAUACCGCAUGCAGAGGCCGUGUCGAAGGGCCUUCAAGAGAAACAGCGAAAAAUCCAUUUGCGAUCCGUGACCGCCUUCCUCUACCUCUACCUCUCCCUAGGCUCCCCGGAAAAUCCUGGAUUCAUCUACACUCUUCGAUCCACCAUUCCAAUUGGCGCUGGUCUGGGUAGCAGUGCCAGCCUUUGCGUCUGCUUGAGCACAGCACUGCUCCUUCAGAUGCGCACCCUCACCAGACCCUACACUGACCAACCUCCCGAGGAAGCAAAGCUCCAGAUUGAGCGCAUUAAUCGCUGGGCAUUCGUGGGUGAGAUGUGCAUACAUGGAGACCCUAGUGGAGUGGACAAUGCGGUCUGUUCGGGUGGAAAGGCCGUAAUCUUCCAAAGAAACGACUCUGGAUCACCGUCCGUCACUCCUCUUACCACGUUCCCGAAGUUAUCUCUCCUUCUCAUUGACACACAACAAUCACGCUCAACAGCGGAACAGGUGGAGAGAGUAAGGACAUCAAGACGCGAAAUACCCAGGACGGAGCAAAUCCUAGAUGGGAUCGGCCGACUUACGGCCUCUGCACUGGAGUUCAUCACAUCCUCUGAUUUCGAUGGCAAUGGCAUUUCCGAUAUUCUCGAACACUUGGGGGGAUUGAUCCGUAGAAACCACCAGUUGCUGGUUUCAUUGGGGGUUUCUCAUCCUCGAUUAGAACGUAUCCGUGAGCUUGUGGAUCACGCGGGCAUUGGCUGGUCAAAACUCACUGGUGCUGGAGGCGGCGGAUGUGCUAUUGUGCUCCUCCGUCCAGGUGUCAAAGCUGAGACCAUGGAAGAGGUAGAGUGGAAGCUUACGACAGAAGGGUUUCGGAAACAUGAGACUGUCCUAGGUGCCGACGGAGUUGGGGUGCUUUGGCCCGCGGUGUUUGAAGGAGUCAACCAGGGAAAGUUUGAGAAGGCUGUCGAUGUUCGGGGCAUCGAAAAACUGGUUGGGGUUGGACUACAGGGAGAUCAGGAAGGGUGGAAGUUUUGGACAUGAACUGUUGUCUGAGAUGUACUUGUAAUAGAGAUAUCGCAUCCACUCGAAAAAUCGAGUAUCUCCUAAUCUCCGUUUUGAAAAAAAAAAAAAAGCUCCCCAGAAAACCUAGCAGUCCACUAAAAAGGAAUAGGAGGAUUGCGUUAACAGCCGUCACGGAUCCCCAAACCCCUGUGAACCUACAAUAGUCUCCAAAUCCCACCCGCCGGGGUGAUCAAACCUUGCCAGGCUGCUACUCAAUUUAACGAGUUAGAAGUACAGGUCUAGCAAGAAGUACUGUACCAGUAAUACCUACAAUUAAGGGUCCAUGAGUUUAGUAGCAGCCAAUAGUGACAAUAAUAAUACCGUAAUCCUCUGUCACCACUCCCCACAGCGUACCGUAGUUCCCGUAGCGGUUGCCCCACUUUGGCGAUUUACGAGGUGGGCGGUACUUUACCACGUACGAGUACCGUAAUGUGGCCAACAUUUCCAUUCAGGAGGGCCGGUGAGGAGAUAGUUGGGACGGGAAAGUCUAUCGAACCCUCCCCGAAAGACUCCAAGACCUGAUUCUAGCACAGCCUACACUCUGGGCUUAGGCCAGCACUCGAGCAGACAUGCCAAGCGCCUGAGGCGGCGGUGCUCUGGGCGAGCCUUAAUUUAACAGAAGGCGAGGCUGUUCACCCUCCUCAAGGAUGUCCUCCGCCCAAAGCCUAACACCCGGGCGCUUUAUGCACUGGCCAGAGAAAGGUGCCGAUGCUCGGUGCUAAACCCCCUAAUGGAAAGAAGGCCACGGUUUCCAAUCCACGGCAUGGGCAAUACUACCGUACCGGUACCGACCGGCAUUCCAACUCGAGAGAGCAAGCAUCAACGACCAAGCUCAAGAUCUGCACAAUAGUAAGAACCUGCCCAAUUAUUCCGGCAGCCUACCCAGGUUCAACACCAGCCCUGGUCGGAAGCAUCUAGUUGCGGCAUUUGGCGGAACGUUGUCAGGAAUUACUCGAUGUGUGCUGCCAUUGAACAGUCAUUGGAGAUCUUCAUCUAUGUGGAAGCACCAGAAUAUCAAACGGGCCGAAUAGGGGAUAUAGCACCGGCAUCACCGUCAGUUGUCAAAAGAAAAAAAUUAAAAAAAAACCCCCCACACUUGGAAUCAACAAACCGUAAAC